AUGCUGCAAACUUCGGCUUUGGCCUUUGGCCUCUUGCUCGGCGCUGCUCAUGCGGUACCUGUUGCUCGAUCCGAAAGUUGUCCCGUAGCGCAACUGAAGAACGGAACAUAUGAGGGUGUCCAUGACUCUCAGUACAACCAGGACUUCUUUCUGGGAGUUCCGUAUGCACAGGCUCCCGUAGGAGACCUCAGAUUCAAGAACCCUGUGAGCCUAAACGAGAGCUGGACGGACAGCAAGCAAGCCGCGCAGUAUUCCAGCGCAUGCUAUGGUUACGGUUCUGAUCAAUGGAACUAUCCAGUUAGUGAAGACUGCCUGUACCUCAACGUAGUUCGACCGUCGGGAUACGAGAACCAGACACUGCCGGUGGCGUUUUGGAUUCAUGGAGGCGGCUUUUACCAAGGCUCAGGAGUUGAUCAGCGAUACAACUUGUCGUACAUGGUCAAAAACUCGGUUGAAAUCGGCAAGCCCAUCAUUGGUGUGAGCAUCAACUACCGUUUGGCUACAUGGGGUUUCUUGAGCGGAACCCAAGAACUUGUAGAUGAGGGCGGCUCCAAUUUCGGUCUUCGAGACCAGCGAUUGGCGCUCCAUUGGGUACAGGAGAAUAUUGAGGCCUUUGGAGGUGACGCCGAGAAGGUCUCCAUCUUUGGAGAGAGUGCUGGAGGCGCAUCUGUCGGUUUCCAUCUCACCGCUUAUGAGGGACGCGACGAUAAGCUGUUCCGCGGCGCGGUAAUGGAGAGCGGAAAUCCGAUCUAUUACAGGAGGCUCAACAGCACGCUAGAAAGCAAUGCCAACAUGUACAAGGAGCUUCUCGCGAGAACAAACUGCAGCAGUGCAUCAAGCCCGCUUGAGUGUCUACGCGAGGUGCCGGCAGCUCAGCUGAACACGGCGAUCAACUCUACCAGCGCGUCUCUGAACACAACGUUGGCUCAAUUUGGACCUUUCAAAGAUGACGACUUCGUUGCCGACUAUGGCUCCAAGCAACUUGCCGACGGCCGGUUCGUGAAGGUGCCCAUCAUUGAUGGCGCCAACUCAGAUGAAGGGUCCGCUUUCAGUCCGGUGGGUAUCAACACCACCGAGCAGUUCCGUGCUGCGAUCAUUGCUGCCGUUCCUCAAGUGUCGGGAGAACUUGCCGAUCAGAUUCUGGAGGCAUACCCAGACAACCUCUCGGUCAAUGUCAUUGCCAGUUUAGGAGAUACUCGUCCGGGAGCCCCUUACGGAUCUCAGUUCCGUCGGUCCGCCUCUUACUUUGGAGAUUACACCUUUAUUGCCCACCGUAGGAAGACAUGCGAGACUUGGGCUGCUGCGGGUCUCUCGGCGUACUGCUACCGCUUCAAUGCGAUUCCGGCUGGUCUACCUCCGCAAAUCGGUGUCACUCACUUCCAGGAAGUGUCUUUCGUUUUCAACAACAUCAUCGGCAGUGGCUAUAUCCCCGCCGCAACGCCACCUUUUCAGGGCAAGGGCCAGAAUUACAUCGAUCUAGCGAAGCUGAUGGACAGCAGCUGGAUCAGUUUCUUCCACGACCAGGACCCGAACUCGUUCAAGACGUCGGCGGCGUGGAACGGUACUGAAGAAGACUGGCCUGUGUAUGACGUCGAAAACCCGCAGGAUUUCGUCUUCGAUGCGAACGUGACGAGCUACGCGGAGGCCGAUACAUACCGUAAAGAGGGAAUGGCUCUUAUCAAUGAGCAUAACUUUGACGUAUUUGGCCGGUGA